CUCUCUCUCUCUCUCUCUCUCUCUCUCUCUUCUCCAUCAAUGGCUUCCACAAUUCACUUCUUUAACUCAAACAUAAACAACAGCAACAACCAUUUCACAUUCUCCGAAAACACUCGCCCAAUAAAGCAUUCAUUUGGGCAACUUUCAUUGCCUAAGCAAACUGAAACUUCUACUUCUUCUUCAUCCUCUUGUUCAACUAGACACUCAUUUGCUGCUUCCGUCAUAGCGAUUCGGGCAGCGAAUUCAGCUAUGGAGGCGAAAACGAGAUUGUCUAAUCUUUGGAAAGAGAUUCAAGGUUGUAAUGAUUGGGAAGACCUUGUUGAACCAUUGCACCCCCUUCUCCGCCGCGAGAUCAUCCGUUACGGCCAGUUCGUGACGGCUUGUUACAAAGCUUUCGAUCUCGACCCGAGCUCGAAACGUUACUUGAACUGUAAGUAUGGCAAGAAGAACAUGCUCCGGCAAGUCGGGAUGGAGAAUUCCGGCUACCAAGUCACCAAGUACAUCUACGCCACUCCGGAUAUCAACAUUCCGAUUCAAAACGUAGGCGAUUCCUGCGGCCGGUGGAUAGGAUACGUCGCGGUUUCCGACGACGAUUCUGUCCGAAGGCUGGGAAGGAGAGACAUAGUUGUCACGUUCAGAGGCACAGUCACUAAUCCCGAGUGGAUCGCGAACUUGAUGAGCUCUUUAACUCCGGCGAGGCUCGAUCCUCAUAAUCCGCGGCCGGAAGUGCAGGUGGAAUCCGGGUUCCUCAGCUUGUACACUUCCGACGAAAGCAACGACAAGUUCGGCCUCGAAAGUUGCCGCGAACAACUCCUUUCGGAAGUGUCCCGGCUUCUGAACAAGUACAAAGGAGAGAAAUUGAGCAUAACCUUGGCUGGUCAUAGCAUGGGAAGCUCACUAGCUCUUCUUCUCGCUUACGAUAUCGCCGAGCUUGGAUUAAACAAGAACAUCAACAACAACAACAACAAUAACAAUGAUGAAACAAUUCCCAUCACAGUUUUCUCCUUUGGAGGACCAAGAGUUGGGAACUCAGGGUUCAAACAAAGGUGCGAAGAACUGGGUGUGAAGGUUUUGAGAAUAGUAAAUGUGAAUGAUCCAAUAACAAAGAUGCCUGGUGUUCUUUUCAAUGAGAAUUUUAGGGUUUUGGGAGGAAGGUAUGAGUUCCUUCCAUGGAGUAAAUUCUCUUGCUAUGAACAUGUGGGUGUUGAAUUGGUCUUGGACUUCUUCAACAUGCAAAACCCUUCUUGUGUUCAUGAUCUGGAAACUUACAUCAGCUUGUUGAAAUGUCCCAAGAAAAGAUCAUCGAUUCAGAUUCACAAGGAAAACAAUCAUGGAGCCACGGAAUUCGUCGAAAGAGCGAAAGAAUUGCUGUUUACCGCGCAGAAUCUGAACCUGUUUCCUUGGAGAAACGCCGCGAAUAAUAUGGUAAAUCUGGUUGAGUCACAAAGAACAUAAAUAAUUUUAUUUUUAUUUUUAUUUUUUUUUGGCUGGGAAGAUUUUCUUCGGACAGUUUUUCAACUCCUCGAACCUGUAGUUUAUUUUUAUUUGUAUAGGAAGAGAGAGUUCUUGUUUAAAAGAAAAAAAAAAAAAAGCAGUCUUCCAAGUUUGGAUCUGUAGUUAGUUUUGUACAUGAUACAAAGAAAUCAUCAUGAGAAAAUUAGAAAAUCAUGAUCAGGAUAUAUAUAUAUAUAUAUAUAUAUAUAUAUGUGUGUGUGUGUGUAACUGGAUCGGUAAUGUUUUUGCUGCAGCAAAAUGAAACUAUAUAUAUUAAUUAUUUGCUUAA